AGUUAGAUAACAUGAACAGCUUGAGUAAUUGCCCACCCAUGUUGAUCAUAUGUUGUACUAAGUACCAUUACACCCCAUUUGCCACUUCGACUUUCCUUUACGCACCGCGUCGCAGUGGGCCAUCGGCUUGUCACUAUUAAGUUACCAUACGCAUACUCUUCGCUGUCUUCCCCUCUACUUUUGAAUCUACUAGAUUGAAAUUCUUUCUCCGGUGAAGAUGGAGAGCGCCACAUCAAAGCCGGCGGUGGAAGAGGUAGGCGAGCAGAAGGGCUCUGGAGGUAUCAGCGGAAUGUUGGGCCGGUUGACGGGUAUGAGCAAGAAUAAUCCGUCUCUUGAGGGGGAGCGGAGCGACAAACUGGGACCAAAUCGACUGCAGACCCAGACGGACCUUGUCGCGGGGCAACAGAAGCACCGUAUUCCUGUCCCGUUUUCCGAGCCGCUGCCCAGCCUCACCGACGGACAGGUGGCGGCCGUCCGCGACGGACGGCAACGCAUUCCCUGCAACAACCCGCACCUGUCGCACGAUGCGCACCACCACUUGGGAAACGGGCCGGGCAGAUUGAUGUACGCGCUGCUUUCCGGCGUUACCAACGCCUGCAUCGCGCUCGGGCUCGGCAUUGCGUACAGUUCGAUGCUGUUCCCGAUUCCUAACUGGAUUGCGGUCGGGACGAAGAUGUGCCUGAUUUCCUGUGCGCUGAGUAGUAUCUUCAUGUCCAUGAACCACAAGACGAUCCCCUGCCAGAUCGGCGGCGUGGACGUCACGCCCGUUGCGCUGCUCGCCCAUGCGAGCGAACAUAUCAGUCACAAGAUCCAGGACGAGCGCGGCAUCCACCUCGACGACUCGCACCGCAGGCUGGCUGCAUCUUCCAGUAGUACAACGAGUCCAGCUGACAUAGCAGCUCUCCACAAUUUGCAGAACGAGAUCGGCGCGACCAUCUAUUUUAACAUUUUGUGCAGCACGCUGGCGUUUGCCGUGAUGUUUCUCGUCGCGUCCACUGCACGAUUGGCGUCCGUCGCGGAGUACCUGCCCGCGGUGGUGAUGAAGGCCUUUUUGACCUGCAUCUCGCUGAAGGUUUUUUACUAUAGCUGGAAGAUCAACGACAAAAAGUUUUGGAACUGUUUGGUCUCCACCGCGAUGGGGUCGGGGCUCUGGUUCGCGCAGCAGUACGUGCACAGUAAAAAGUACCCGCAACUCCGGCACCCGAUUUUGUUUGUCUGCUUUCUGGGCAUCCCGUGCGCGAUCUUUUCGCUGUUCUGCCUCUUCGAAUUUACCGACGGCUUGGAGCAGAAAGACUUGCGCAAGUUUUAUUGGCUGUUCCCGCACACGCAAGAGACGGAUGGGUACAGCUGGUACUGGGAGACCAACUGGCUGGAGGCGCACUGGGACGACGUGAAUUGGGAAGUUUGGAAGCACGAACUGGUGGAAUUGAUUCCCCUCAUGCUGAUCGGGUUUUUGGACCUGGUGAUGCAGCUCGCGGCACUGGAUGAGCACCUGCCGGAAGUGGACGUCGAUGCCAACCUCGAGAUGAAGAUGCUGAGUCCCAUCAAUUUCGUCGUGGCCGCGUGCGGCGGGGUGGUUGGCUACGGGCUGUUCGAGCAAGGGGUGUUCAAUGCCACGAUCAUGAACACCCCGAAGGACCGCCGGGGAGCGCUGUUUUACGGCAUAAUCCUGCUUGUGAUCUGCGUCGGCACCGGGGUGGGUUUCGUCGAGUAUGUGCCGCGAUUUUUCUGCACCGCGCUCCUCGCGCACGCCGGCACCGGCCUGCUCGCCGACAACUACGUGUUCGCCGUCGCGAACGCUGAUAUCGAGGAAAUUUUCCAACUUUCCGUCGUCCCCAUCGCCUUCCUCGCGUCCGGGCAGAACAUCCUGGCAGCCACCUUCUUGGCGGUCGGCCUGGCGAUGGGAGAGUUCAUCUACAAGUUCAGUCUGAUGCCGAGCGUGCGGCUGGUCACGAGCGGCGAGUACGCGCUCUCGCGCGACUACCGGGACCGCCUGGAGACGCAGAUGCUGCAGCACAUCGCGUCCCAGCACGUGUUUUUGAUUCGCUUGAACGGGUACAUGUUCUUCGGCUCGGUCAGCAACGCCGUCGCGAUGAUCACGCACUUGGUGCUGAGAAACGACGCGUACAAGCAAAACGCGGACUGGUUGCGAAUCCGCUUCUUGAUUCUAGACCUGGAGCACUCGCGCGGCUUCGACAUCUCGGCCUGCAAGAAGCUGAAGUCCUUCAUUAAAAAAUGCGAGGACGGACAGCUCACCGGGUUUCCCAUUGAGGUACACUAAAAAUAUGUCUUGGUCUUCUCAAUUUUAUCAUGCAUGGUUACACUAGGAGUCGGAACCCUUUACCUUGCUAAAUAUUCAUUGUUAUGAAUGAACAGUGUCCUCCACUACAUCACUCAGCAUCAAAGCAGAAAUACUGCCUCGCCGUGCGAUUGGGCGAAAGUUAUAGUAUAUUCGAAAGUUAUAGUAUAUUUUCCAACCACAACCAGGUCAUCCUCUGCGGUCUGACUCCGGAGACGCAGGAUUUUAUUCACCGGCGCGGUCUGGUGACCGAGGGCUCGGACACCUUUCGCGACGUGCGGACCGCAUUGGCGUACACCGAAGACCAGUGCGCCGAGGUGUUCCGGGAAGCGCAGAACGAGUGGCUGGAGCGCAUGCCCGGGCUGAAGUCGUUGCGGUACACGUACCGCAAGCAGGUCGAGCACGACGCGUUUCUGAAGCUGUUCCCGGACAUCUGUUCGCGGCUGGGGGUCCACGAGUACUUCCAACUGGUCGAGGUUCCGAAACACACCGUGCUGGCGGAACCCGGCAAGUUUGGGAACUACGUGUACGUGAUUGACAGCGGCCGCGUCGGGUUGUACAUGGACCUCGACCUCUUCAACGGAAAAAACCCGGCCGAGCUGCUGCUCUCCUGCGCUCCCUUGGCGAUCCUGGGCCACGGCUCCCUGGUGCAUUUCCACAACCCACCGCGGAACUACGCCGUCACGAUGAGCGACGCGACGGUGUACGCGUUAUCCGUGGAAGAUUUUGAGCGGAUGCAAUACCAGGACCCGUACAUGGCGCAGAGCCUGAUGCACGGCGUGGCCCACCAGAACGACCUGCAGAUGGGGCGGCUGCGGACGGACCUGUCCUUCGAAACUGGAGGAUUCGCCGUCAUGGCGGCCAAGCCGAACUACAACGAGUCGCGCAACAUGCGGGUGAUCAAACAAUUCUGCGGCACGGCGAAGCAGAUCUCCGUGGACACUACGACCACCGUGCGGAAAGCCGCUCGGGCCUCGAUGAAGGGAACGGCGCCCGUGUUUCAAGCGACUUACUGGCGCGGGGAGGAUCAUCACUUGCGGGAUUCCGGGAUAAGCGGGGGUGAGAACAACGAGGUGGAGGAAGACGCACUGAGCCGGCCCACCGCCUUCGUAACGGGGCAAGAUGAGGGCAGGCAGAAAAGUAAAUCGCCGUCAAACUCGAAGCAAACCGGAGGCGCGCCGACGAAGGGGGAAGCGCGGGGGGAGCUGGACUUGAAGAAAUUUUUCUACGAGGACACGGGCCUGCUCCGUGAGCUCUCUGUCGAGAUGAACAAGUUACUGCAACAGGUGGCGACGGCCUUGUCGUUGGAAAAAAUUGGGGUGUACGAUGCAGAUGUAAACCGGCAGACCAAGGUCGACGAAUACACGCUGCCGCCCCUGAUCCGUCUGGAGAUCGAGCGGGCGUUCGAGCACGUGUUGCACCGGAAACAAAUCGCGAGGCUCGGCGCGACGGGCGAAGACGACCACGAGGCGGUGGACAAAGCACACGGUGAAGACACGGCGCACUUGUUGCCCCCAAAGCUGCUCCCCGUGGUGUUCUGCGAGGCCGGGUUGUUCUUGGAUCCUUCCGACAUGAUGAAGGAAGCGAGUCUGCACGAAAACAGUGGCGUCCCUAGACUCGGGCUGGAAGCGGUCAUUACCUACGCGGAGCGACUCUGGAUGCUCCCCCUACCGGUGAAUGCCGAGCUGAAGCUGCGGGAAAUUUUGAUGCAGUUACCGCUUUCCCACGUGGGCGGUUUCUCCCACGCCACGCUGCGCCAGGCCCUGAAGACCGAAUUCAAGCUGGUGCUCACCCCCUCGAAGUUUAACCGCCUGAUCGAGAUUUUCGACGAGUCCAAGACCGGGCACUUGAACGAAGCGGAGGUGUUCAAGAUGUUCUCGCACGUCGCGGCCGAUCACCAUCCGUACAUGGAGCUUGUGCGGUCCUGGCGGCGGUUGAGCGCGAAGUGCGGCAAGAGGCACCACUUCGCCUCCAGCCGUACCAUCGCGACACUAGAGUCCGAGGACGGGAACCUGUUGCGGCAAAAUUCGAAGGAACUCGAAGAGGAGGUGGAACGCUUCACGCACACCAACCAGGACGGCUUCGGCGAUGACGUGUUCGACAAAAUCGAGGGCAAUGGUCUCCGGCUCAGCCAAGAGCAGGACGCAGGUCGGGAACGCGUGCCGCUCGACCACCAGCACCUGCACGCGAAAGACCUCGCGAAGGCGCUCGAGAUCAGCAUCGGGGAAGCGCACCGGCUCGCGUGGAGCGUGAGUCUGAAGAUGAGCACGGACAAGGAGCUGGUCUUCACAGAUUUGCUCGCCGUGUGUCGCCUGGUGCCCCGACCGGCAAUCUUGCCGCCGCGGAAAACGAACAAGGAGCAACAUGAUGCUUUGCUGGCCACAACCGGCGCUCAUGGCGACCACAUCGGCUUGCACGUCGACAGGGGUCGGGACAUUAUCUCGGACGAAGAUGACACCAAAAAGAUCCACGGACACCUGCACGACGACGAAUUUUUCUCGGGCGAUGACGACGAUGACAUCACGCACCGUGUUGCGUCGGCGAAAACUUCAGGCACGAAAGGAAUAGUACCGCUCCGUCCAGAUCCUGAGGACGACGAGGACGAUGAAGGUAGUGGGACUCAGCGACGAACCGUACUCUCGGCGGAAGCGGGCAACGACCUCAACUUGAGGGACACUAUCAACAACGCGCUGUAAAGUCUUGAUGAAAGUUGCUCAAAAAUGUGAACGAUUGGUCGUCCUCGGCUUAUGUGUCCGCAUCACAGUUGCGGACAUACUUGUCGACGAGUUUGUACAGUAAAUGUAGCAAGAAGACAUCUUUGACGAGUAAAGAACUUAAAUAAGAUGUUGAACAUCAAAAGGUUUUUUUUCUGAAAAUAA